AUUUUUAAUCCUCCUACCCAUGUUUUACACACACAGCUGAGAGAAAAGGCAGCCAGUCAGAGAAAAAAAAACGACCCCGGCACCGCUCCAGUGCAGGCGGCAGCACUGGUAACUGCCGUGUCUUUGUUCUGUGCUAGCUUUGAAAACAAAACCCCAUAUUCAUUUUAUUCCUCAAUGCCAUCGGGAAAUUUUAACGAAAUGGACUCGCACAUGACGGAGUUUAUGGAACACUGUGGUCCGUACACAAAGAGAAGGAGGCAUGACAUUGAGUCUGUCCCUGGUGGAACCUGUGGCCUAGAGUACACAGACCUGGAGGCAGCAGAAGCGCUGGUGUGUAUGAGCUCUUGGGGCCAGGGCCUCUUCCUCAGCAACCGGCCAAACCCCUGCAAACCCAGACCCCUCACCCCAGCUUCAGACUCCUGUGACUCCCUCCUACCCCCAGAACUUCCAGAACCCCCAAAGGACUUUGUGUCCCUCUCUUCCCUGUGUAUGACUCCGCCUCACAGCCCCAGCUUUGUUGAUUCUUCAGCAUCCAGCACUGCCCCCCAGUUAAGCUCCAGCCUGGCUGUGUCCUCACAGUGCCUUGGGUCUGUGCUCCAUCAGCCUGGCCUGGCACCCACUGCUGAAAAGACCCCCUCCCUUCCCCCUCCACCACAGCACUGCAGAGCAAUGGUGACCAGCGUCAUCCGUCACACUGCAGACAGCACCCCCUGCCAACACCACAUUCCAGUGACCCCCAGUCCAGGGAAAACUCUGGAAACAGUAACGGCUACAACAGUCUGCCAAAAGCAGCAACUGCCCCAACAGCAGCAGCAGCACACUAAGAAGACUGAGCAGAUAACCACACCUCCAUCCCCUCCUGCUCCUCUCACACCAUCAAAAACAGAACAGCAGCCUAGUCCCUCAAAAACCUGUUUAGACAGUGUCUCUCCCUCCAUUCCUGUCAACACCCAACCACCUGUUCGUACAACCCUGUCCCCAUCUCCAGUCACCAGCCCUCAAAUCAUCUGCCACAUGUUCCCUGUCAAUAGCCAGUCAGGGAUAAUCUCAGCCUUUAUCCCCAGCGCAGUUCAGACAUCCAAUACUGGAAUUCAGACCACCACCACCACAUCCAUCCUUCCCCAGCCCACAUCAGCUAGCACCACCCCUGUUCAGCAGUCGCUCAUUGUGGGCUCCACAGUGACACAGGGUACAGUCAUGCUGGUUGUCCCUCAGUCCUCAGUCUCUCAGGCCCCUCACUGUCCUCAGACUGUCAUGACCCUGGGCCACACCAAGCUGCUACCUCUGGCCCCAGCCCCUGUGUACAUGCCAGCGGGGCCCAGUGGCAGCACAACGGCCACAAAGAUGGACUUUUUACGCAGGAGAAACUAUGUCUGCAACUUCACAGGCUGCAGGAAAACAUACUUCAAGAGUUCGCACCUCAAGGCUCACCUUCGAACACACACAGGUGAGAAGCCUUUCAGCUGUAGCUGGGAUGGCUGUGAUAAGAGGUUUGCCCGCUCCGAUGAGCUCUCCCGUCACCGACGAACACACACCGGAGAGAAAAAAUUUGUGUGCCACGUCUGUGACCGGCGAUUCAUGCGCAGUGAUCACCUCACCAAACAUGCCCGUCGCCACAUGACCACAAAGAAAAUUCCCUCCUGGCAGGCCGAUGUUCGGAGUCUGAACAAAAUGGCUGUUGGUAAAAUGCCUCCCUCAAAACCUGGCCUUGCUACACUAAGCAUGUUGGUACCUGCUAACCCAAAGUAGACAAUGUACACUGCCAUCCUAUCCACUCCCAGGAUAUGACAGGGACACAGCAGCUGAGCACAAAAAGGCUGCUGUUUUUUUAGUCAUGGGAAUGACAGAAAAAAUGUGCACUGGACUCUUUUUUUCUCUCCACUGCUUAUUUGUACAUUUAUUUUUCUUUAAAGCAUUUGUUUUUUACUUUAACAUAAUUGAUAAUAUGUAUACGCUCUUGCCAAAGCCUAUAUAUCAAGUUUGUCUUAUACAUUUUGCCUUCCUGCAACACUUUUUUUCUGUGUUCAUACUAAUAUAUAUGUCUAUGUGAAUGUAUUGUUUGUUGUACCAUGGAAUUUAUUAUUUGUUAUAUUUGGGAAAAUAUUGACCUGAUAAGAAAUGUAAAUAUGAAUAUUAAUCAAUGAUACUAU